AUGAUCAGCAGGACGUCUGUUAUGGAAACGUUAGCGUUUUGGCAUUUUGCAUUAUUCGAUAACGCUCACAAACCAAUGAAAUUUUGAGCGGCUCGCUUGAAGCGUCAACUGGAUCUGGUGUGGAGUCAAAACGGUGCAGGCGGUUUUCCGUGGCUAACCGGCGUCGGUUGGGAUGGUCACAUCUUUGAUCCGAGCAUGCAGGGUAGAUAUACACCUCAGGCGGACGUUAUGCAACUGAACUUCUGA